GCAACUCGACAUACCUUGAGCACAAUGCUUUUAUUGUUUUAUCGGCUACGCUACCUUUAUUUCCCACGAAUGAAUUAAAUUCGAGGUCACGACUCACGACACGACGCUUUUUUACCUGUUAUGAUGUAAUGCCUUUUUGUAUUUUUGACGCAUUAUAAUUUUUUAACAAUGUGAUUGAUUUAUUGAUUUCAUCUUUUCACAAAAAAAAUAACUGUCAAGCUGUCAAGUGCUGUUGCUGUUAUCAGCUGUUUAAAAUUAAAUAAUCAUUUAAAUACCAUACUUCAGAAAGUUUAAAUAAUGGUACGCAACCGCGGCACGGCUGCGCAGUGUAUUUAUGUUUAUUUACUACCAAGCUACAGUUGAUUUCCUGUCUUCGCGAAUGAAGUGAAGUGUAAACCUAUUUUUGUAGAUAACCUCUUUUGAAAAAGGUGAAUCACGGCGCGUAAAUUGUGAACUUUAUAUAAACUUUACACGUGUGUAUGUGUUUUAUAUUUUUGUAUAAGAUAAAAGCAAACACAGCUUUAUAAUUGCAAGUCGCUAUUUAAUCGAUAACACUAUGGAAUCGAUCACAGUGUCACGCAAAUGAUAAAAUGGAAAAAUGUUUCGUCGCCUGUGGCUGCGACGAUCAAGAAGGUAUAACAAAGGGAGAUUUAGAUCGCUUUACUGAUAAAAUUGAAAACGUCUUGAACGAUGAAAAAGGCAGGAGAUUGUUUAGGAAUUUCAUGUUCACAACAAAGAUGAAAGACGGCCGAAGAACUUUAGAUUUUUUAGAACACAUCGAAAGACUGCUCGGCUAUUCCGAAGACGCCGAAAGUACAUCGUACCGCAAUUACCUCAGAGAUUUCGAUCGUUUAAUAGAUGAAGCUGAACGUAUAGAAGAGUUAGAUUUCGCAACAAUGGAACGACUUGUUAUUGCUCGCGACUCUGAGAGCAAAGAUGAAAUGGAAACCGUACUAAAACUAUUAAAAGGUGAAGCGAUUAAAGCACUUCGUAGGGAAUACAGUGCUUUCCGUAGGCACUUUAUUCCAAACAAUUAAAUAUUCAGUGCCAUGCAUCAUAAAGCUGUUUAAAAAUUCGCGCCAGACUGACAGUACUUAUUUUUUUGUAUAAAUGCAACAUGCAUCACAUUGUUAUUUUUAUUGUUUAAACUAAGUUUGAACAUUUUUUUUUUAUUUUGUAGCGCAUACUUUGUGUUCGUCCAAAUAAUGUGAUUAUUUAUUUAUACCACGAAAGUACCUAAUAAUAAUAUAUAAAGCAAAAAUAAAAAUGUUAAGCUUCAA